UUUUAAUUCAUUUAAUGGGUCAAAGGCCAAUGUCAAAUUUUGUUACAGCCAUUUUACACCCUCCUCUGUCUCUUCAAGAGAGGCAACGACAAUGUUUGGAGAGUCCGCAUCUGCAAUACCUUCAAUGUGGGAAUCCAUGAAUAGCUGGUUCACUCCCACUGUUCUGUUUGUUCUCGUCAACGUUGUAGUAGGCACUAUUGUUUUCACCUCAACAUUUACAAACCAAAAACGAAACCAAAAUCAGCAGCAAACAGAGUCCCAAACUGACACUCAACGCCAAAAUGUUGCCAGAUCCCCCUCUGUUCUUCAGCGACUGAAAUCUAUCAAUUUCUACAGAUCUCAAGAUGCCAGCCAGAAAUCAGUCACAGAUUCAGACAACCUUUUCAAUCUUGAGAGCUCCCACGAAGCUCAAAAUUUUGAAGCGCAGGCCCAGUAUUUCUUUCAGCCAUCUCAUCAAGAAAGCUCCCAAGAAAAUCAUGAGACUGCACUGGCACAGAUGCAUUACAUUUUGCAACAAGAUCUCCAAGAAACGCAAGCCCAUUUGAUUUUUGAAGAAGGAAAAGCGACCCAUUUGGAUUUCCUAGAGGUCAAUGAACAGAAAGCUGAGCAAAAUGAGCUGCGGAGCAUGGAUGAGGUGUACAGUGAAGUUACUGGUAGUGAUUUUAUUCGGUCUAAGCCAGAUACUGAGCCGGCUUCCGGUGAGAUUCCGGUGAAGCUUCCGGCGAGGAUGAGGAAGUCGACGAGCUUGAAAUCAGCUUUUGGGCACUUUGUCGAGGAGAACAUUGUGGAGGCACGGCGGCCGGCAACGAUGAGAGAGAAGGGGAAUAGUAAGUUCCCGGAGGACCAUGAAGUGGAUGCUAAAGCUGAUGAUUUCAUCAACAAAUUCAAGAACCAGUUGAAGCUUCAGAGGUUGGAUUCCAUUAUCAGGUACAAAGAUAUGAUUGGUAGAGGGACUAAAAAGUAAGAUAAUUCAGUUCUUGGGGUUGUUUUUUAAUACUUUGGAUUGUCUGAUACAAAGAUGUGAUGGGUAGGGGGGCUAAAAAGAAAGAUUAUUUAGGUUCUUGGGGGUGUUUUCUAAUUUCUUGUUAGUUUGGGGUUGGUGGGUCAAAAUUGUGUUAGAAGUGUGAAUCUGAUUCUCUAUCUAUUGCUCUGUCCACGUGGUUGGUAUUCCAGUCUUUGUUGUCUAAUGACAUGUUUGACCUCGAUUCUUGAUUUUCAUCUCGUUGAAAAUAUGUUGGAUUUAAAAAGUACUUACUCACGGGUUUUAGUGUUUCUUUCCCAAUUUUUGAUAAUUUUUUUUAAAAUUAUUUGUAACAUGAAUCUGGUGCAAAAACAUGGGAAUUAUUAGUUUAA